ACAACAUUAAAUCAACAAUGCCAUCAUCUAUAUAAGAAACCUCAACUGAGCAUGAAAAUUCACAAACUAAAAUAAGAAAACCUGUGUGAGAGAAACAUUAAGUCAACCAUGUCAUCUUCAUCUAUAACUUUGAAAGGUUCUUACACUGUGAGACCAUCAGAACCAACAUUAAGCGAAUGGGAUCAAUUUGGAAUUAUAACCCAUGUUCCAACUAUUUACUUUUACCGCCCCCCACAAAAUUGGCUUACUCCUCCCAUUAAAAUUGCCACCACUCUGAAAGAUUCACUAAGCAAAGUUCUGGUGCAUUUUUAUCCACUUGCUGGACGUUUACAAUGGAAAACGAAUGGUCGUUUUGAAUUGGAAUGCAAUGCAAAGGGUGCUCAGUUCAUCGAAGCGGAAUCCUCGUCAACAUUAUCCGAUUUCCGUGACUUUUCAUCUUCUUCAAAAAAUGAUUACCGCAACCUUUUUCCAUUUGUUGAUUACACACUCCCGAUUGAAGAACUUCCAUUGGUUAUUAUUCAGCUCACGAAUUUCAAAUGUGGAGGCAUUAGCAUUAGUAUGUUAGUCUCACAUGCGGUUGUUGAUGGACGAAGUGCAUCCCAUUUCUUUUGUGAAUGGGCUCAACUUGCACGUGGAGAGCCUUUGAAUAGGGUUCCGUUUCUCCAUAGCAACAUGUUAAAUGAUGGGAAACCAUGCAAUGGUGUUAAAGAGUGGAAUUUUAGUGAGCUUCCGGUUUUGCUGGGAAAUUUAAAAAGUAACGUUGAGAAAAAAAGGAACAAAACAACUGUUGCUAAAGUCAAAGUUAGCAAAAUACAAGUUGAAAAAUUGAGAAAAAUAGCGAAUGAGAGUUGGAAUAAGUCUAGCAAUGAUCGAAGUUAUUCAAGGUAUGAAACGAUAACUGGUCAUCUUUGGAGAAGUGCGUGUAAAGCUAGAGGGCAUGAAAAUGACCAACCAACUUGGCUCGGCGUAAGUGUUGAUUGGAGGAGUCGUGUAAAACCUAAUUUAUCUAAAGAGUAUUUUGGGAAUGCGACAAUGGAUGUGAUGGCUACUAGUCUUGCAGGUGAUUUGAUAUCUAAGCCAUUAGGAUAUGCUUCGAGUAGGAUAAGGGAAGCAAUUGAGAAGGUGGAUGAUGAGUAUGUGAGGAUGGUGAGUGAGUGCAUUAAGAAACAAGAUGAUUUGACUAAGUUUCAAAAUUUGGAUGAAGUAGUAAGUGGUAACAUUGUUCCUUUUUAUAAAAAUCCUAAUUUAGGAGUGAUUAGUUGGUUGACAUUGCCGUUACACGGACUUGAUUUUGGAUGGGGGAAGGCGGUUUAUAUGGAGCCAGGAAUACAUGAGAUAUAUGAAGGAGAAUCGUUGAUUCUUCCUACUCUUCAUGAUGACGGAUCUUUGUUGAUUUUUAUUUGUUUGCAAGAGGUUUAUAUGGAUGCUUUUAAAAUAUAUUUUUAUGAAGGUAUUGAGUUGGACACAGUUGUAAAAUGAAUGUGUUGUGUUGUGUUGUUUUUUUCUUUUUCUUUUUAUUUCUCUUUUUAGGUUGUUGUCUAUGUCCAGAAUACAAGUCAUAGUACUUGUAAUAUUUAACUUUUCUUUAGUAUAAAAUAUUAUGAGUGAACGAGGAGCUUGGUCUAUUAUUGUGUAAUGGAAUCAUAAUCGAAAACAUGAGU